GCACAACUGGCUUUUGACAGCGUGUUAUUUUAAGGUUAGAAACUCUCAAAAUCCGAAAAUGAAAAUUAAAAGAUACAAAAAAGUGAACAAAAACAUAAAUUUCUAUAUCAAUAACUUUGGUUUUAGACAGCCAUAUCAAUUAUUAGUAGAUGGGACAUUUUGUUUUGCAGCAUUAAACAAUCAAGUUAAUAUUGCGGACAAUAUACCGCGAUAUUUACAUGGAGAAACUAAACUACUGACGACACAAUGUGCUGUAAUGGAAAUGGAGACUUUAGGAUCAAAAUUGCAUGGUGCUCUUUUGAUUUUGAAAAAAUAUGGAAUACAUAAGUGUGGGCAUGAGGGAAAGCCGGUGGCUGGUUCUAAAUGUUUAUUGUCUAUGUUGGGAAACCACAACGAGAAUCAUUAUAUAAUUUGCACACAGGACAGAGAUUUACAAGAGAAAGUAAGGAAUAUACCAGGUGUUCCUUUGUUAUAUCUACAUAUUAAAACACCCAAUUUAGAGCAACCAUCAGAAGCAUCAGAGAAGUUUGCUAAAGAAAGAUUGUCAGGUAUUGGUGAGAUUGAAAAAGUUGCUAUUAAUAAGUUAAAAACUGAAAAAGGGUUAUUGAGUCAGGAAGAUAAACCUAAGAAAAAAAGGAAAAAAGGCCCCAACCCUUUGUCAUGUAAAAAGAGAAAGAAACCUGGUAAUUUACAAAAUAAUAAUAUAAAGAAAAAGGAAGGACAACCAGAAAUUGAAAAGAAAAAAAGAAAAAGAAUAAAAAUUCCUCAACAUGUUCAAGAAGCAUUAUUAGGUUUAUUUUGUUGGACCAGCUUUGGGAUCUAUUUUUGCUGCCCUUUUCUAUAAAUUUUUAAUUUUGAGAGAUUUUACCUGCAGUAACAAAGAAACCUAAUUAUACAACAUAAUUCGAAAAUUUAUUAAAAUAUACUUUUUAAGUUGUUUAUGAUUGUAAUCCAAAAUUAUAUAAUUUUAUAAUACUUGGUUAGGAUUUCUAACUUAGGAAUAUUAACUUUUAAAGUAUUUUGGGUAUGUUCUAAAAUAUAAAAUAAAUAAACUAAUAUUGUCUUUUA